UUGUUUGAGCUGCCAAGGCACUAACAAUGGAUACCCAGAAAGACGUCCAACCCCCAAAGCAGCAGCCGAUGAUAUAUAUUUGUAGAGAGUGUCACACCGAAAAUGAAAUAAAGUCCAGAGAUCCAAUCAGAUGCAGAGAAUGUGGACACAGAAUAAUGUACAGGAAAAAGACUAAAAAAUUGGUGGUUUUCGAUGCUCGGUGAAAACGUGAAAUUCAGGAGUGUCUUCGUUCAAACAUUUGCUCCACUGAUGCUUCUCUGUGUAGCUUUACGACUACAACCGUGUACCUAUGGUUUCACUUUAGAAAUGUGAUUGUAUUUUAAUACUUGUAUAAAGGAAGUUUUGGUUUAG